UCUUCGGUGUCGGUUGUGUUUGUUUGCAAAUACGGUGUUAAUAAAGUAUUUAAUCAAGGCCAAAAUGGGAUUGACACAAUAUUUUAUUUUAAUUUUGUGCUUUGCGGGCGUCUUAUCCAAGUCUAUUAAUAUUUCCUAUCGCGGUGAGAAUGAGACUCAACCCUUCAUAGAGAUCGGUAGUAAAUAUUACUUAAUAAAUACUGCUACUACGAUGAAUUGGUUCGGUGCGGCGCUUUAUUGUCACAACUAUGAUAUGGAUUUGGCCGUAAUUGAAUCGCUAGCUGAGAUGAAUGCAUUGAGUUCUUAUUUAACCACGAAUGAAGGUCACAUUAGUAAACGGUUUUGGCUCGGUGUCACCGAUUUGGCCCAGGAAGGUAAAUUUAUGUCACUCAAAGACGGACGUCCAAUGCUCUAUGCUAAAUGGGCAGGCGGUCAACCAGACGAUGCUGGUCAAAAUGAGGAUUGUGUACAUCUUCGUUCUGAUAGUAAAAUAUUCUUUAUGAACGAUGUUACUUGCAUGGGUCAGUAUUAUGCCAUCUGUGAGCUGCGACACCCGAAGAAGAGUUGUGACGUGUGUGAUUUGAAAAAUUUUAUGGAAAGAUUCAUCCAACAUGUUUUACACUCUCAAAAUUAGUUAGGUGGACGUACCUGUUUUAUGAAUAAAAUCGUUGUUUAAUAACAA